AUGUCGAACAGUUCUGGCGGAGGAUAUUGGAUAAACGAAAGCAUCAAAGAUGAACUUUUUGAGGAUCGGUACACAAUUGGUCCUGAGCUGGGGAGAGGCACAAAUUCAGUUGUCAACAAGUGUACUAGUCGGCUGACCGAUGAAGCUUGGGCGGUCAAGACCAUCAACAAAAGGACACAUAGAUGUAGCCGAGGCGAAGUAGAGAAGGAAGUCGGCCUGCUGCUGAUGCUAAGUCAUCCGAAUUUAAUACGUCUGAAAGAAAUUUACGAGACACCAACACAACUGCAGCUGGUGUUGGAACUUGCUAAAGGGGGAGAACUCUUCGACAGCAUUGAGACUCGUGGUACAUACACUGAGAAAGAAGCGGCACAUGUCAUGAGAGACAUUCUGGAAGCUGUGCGGUACAUGCACGAGAAAGGCAUUAUACACAGAAAUAUUAAGCCCGAAAAUCUUUUACUAGAGGAUUUAAAAGAUAUUCCAAGAAUAAAACUUGCUGAUUUUGGCUUGACGAUGAUUCAAGAAAAAGAUGUACAAAUGAACAUGGUGUGUUCCUCUCCAGAUUACAGUGCUCCAGAAAUGCUACGAGGGAUAUCGUGUUCUAAAGCUGUAGACAUGUGGAGCUGUGGGGUCAUAGCUUUUGUAUUACUUACUGGCUACGAACCUUUCCUAGAGGUGAAUGGAGACACGUAUAAGCGUGUAAUAAAGGUAGAAUACUCCUUUGAUGACAACAUCUGCUCAGAAAUCAGUGAAAACGCAAAGGACUUCAUACGCAAGAUGCUUCAGAAGGACCCGAAGAAACGAUUGACAGCGACUACCGCCUUACGCCAUCCCUGGGUACGAGGAGUAGCUGCAAAAAACACAUGUCUUCUGCAGACACAGGAAAGCAUAAAAGACUUUAAUGCUAGACGGAAAUUUAAGGUUAAUAAAGGUGAAACAGAUGAUAGCUCUGUGGAUUCCGCCCCAGUGGUAACAGACCAAAUGUCUGGACAAUGA